UGGUAGACUUAUGCCGCAGCUUGGCGCGCGGACAUGGUCUGAUGAUACUACGAUUUCCCGCAACAUUUCCAUGAGCGCGCAGUUUCGGUAGAACAGAUCCAACACAGCUCAUGGAAGGACUCUUUACCUGUCUGAAAUGUGCGAGAGCACUUUCAGCUGCUGGCAAAAGUCGUCCAAGCACUAAACUACCACAACAACUAUCCGGGAACCGCAGCUUCGCUUCGAGUUCUGUCUUCAAUAAUCGUCCCCUCAAUGCCGGAAAUGGAUCAAGAGCAAUUCAGACACGAACUCCUAAACAAGUGACGCGAGUCGCAUCGACGGCCGCAGCACCCGCAGAGGAAGACAACUUUGAGCGACAUAACAUCCCACCGACCGACUAUGGCGAGUGGCGGGCUCAUGGAAGAGCUGUACUCGGACCAAACAAUUUAUUUCAUCCAUUCUCCAGAUCGCCUAUACCUGAAAUCCGGCAAAGAGCUCGUUAUAUGAAGCAACAUGCCCUGUGUCCACAUCCUGCACAUCAACAAACCAGAGUCCCCAUAUCUCCUCAUGAUCCCGAAGCAAGAAAAGUGGAGGGUGUGAGUUCUCAACCGCCAGCUCAUGUCGAAUUCGAGUGUCCCGAUUGCGGUAUUGCGACAUACUGCUGCGAAGAGCAUUGGGCAGAUGACUUCGAGGCACAUUUGGAGAUAUGCGACACAUUGCGGCAGAUCAAUGAAGAUGACCAUGAUCUUCGCUCCGGAAGAUGGUUUCCUGAGUUUGAAUAUCCUGGACCUCAACAGACAGAUGAGAUCCUGGUCAACAUGACCAACUGGGAUACCUUACUCUACACAAGACAAUAUGAGGCGAUCAACGACGAGAGAAGUAUGCGACAGGUCACCCGAUUAUUGACAUAUCCAUUGUCGUUGGGAAGCGUGCUCCACGAAUUAAGCCCUUAUAACAUUCGCACGGGGGGAAGACUGACAACCGAGGGCUUGAAGAGUUUGACUGCACUACGAUACACACUUCAUCCACCCAAGACUGGUCAAGGCCCAGGCAUCAAAGGUCUGCGAUUGUCGAGUCCACCCGUCCGAGUGUUUAUUUUAGGUGCUCGUGCCGAGUCAUCACUGCCACGUGAAGUCUGGACGCAGCUUUCCCACCUGUUUCCUUUGGCACUCAUCCAUCUCGUUUUCAUUGGACCGGAGUCAAUGGCGAACAGAGACGCGGAAUUUCCUCUUCCGGAGAGGACUGCCACGAACCCGUUCGGCGCCAUUGUCGAAGACCGUGUGUCACCCAAGAUGAAAAUCACGACAUAUGUGGAGUAUUUCCACACGCUGCAUGAGGCGAACCUUUUCUAUCCUUACGAUCCGUAUUUCGACUGUUUUAUGCUAUACCACCCUGGACUGGGUCACCCAGCAUCCGCUCACGAAUGGGAGAAGACUCUACCUCAGUUGUUAGAAACGAAGGUUCCCAUCAUUUGCACUGGCUAUACCGAAUGGGACAUGAAGCGGGACUGGCAGUGGGUCAUGGAAAAAUGCGCCGGCGAGGUUGAUCUUCUCAUGGAACCUGGAGAGAACCGUUUCCGGUCAUUAAGAUGGGACUUGAAUGAUCUUGAUCCUCAAGAUAUCAGUUGCGGUAAUUGGGGUGUUUGGGCGUUCCGAGGAAAGAGGUAUGUCCUGACCUUUGCUUGACUGUGUCUUGACUGUUUGCUCGAACAUGAUUGCUGACCGAUAUUACAGAUACGAAGCGACACGCCGGGACAAGGCGGAAUAGAUUAUUUGUGAUUGUAUAAUAUUGAAGCAACCGUCACAGUGACUGUGGCUAUGCUGCUCGCAGCUUGGAGCUUAUGUGCGGAUAAGCUUCCAUAAGCACUGAUACAAACUGAAUGCCUGAGAUGCUGGCCGUGUUUCCCGUGUUUAGUGAUGCUGUAGAUCGAUGGGCGGCUGGCUGUACGGGCGUGGAGGCUGAUAGGUCAUCCAAGCCACUUGAUAGCAGUCGUUGAUGUCAGCCA